AUGAACGAUGUACCUUCACCAGCUACUGGUAUUGCUUCUACUAGUACUACUCCAGCAAGACGGAAUAACAGUUUAUUGAAAAAGACUAAACGUCGAUCCACCAUCUUGUCACGUUCUGCUAAUCAAUCAGAACCCAUCGUCGAGAAUCCAAACAACUCUCCACAGAUCAACGAGCAAUUAAAAAAUGAAUAUGAAACUGUACGCGCAAUGAAUCGAGUUCUUGAAAUAUCACUCAAGCAUUUUGAAGAGGCUAGUGAGCGUAUCCAUCAGUUUUCUGAAACCAUUAAUCGAACUGAUCAUUUGCUUGAUCUGUGGCUAUCCGUUUUGGAGAAAACAGAAGAGAUUCGCUCCUAUGUUGAAAACAGUAAUAUACCAGCCAACAAGGUAAGUUGA